AUGGGUAUGGACAUUGGUGACAAGGAGAAUACAAGCCCGCCUUUAUAUGAGUUCUGCAAUUGCUAUAAAGUUGCAAGCCUUACUGAAACUAUACUAAACCCGGUAAAUGUUUCCAACUUAAAAGAUCGAUAUGUGCUUGGGGAACAGUUAGGUUGGGGUCAGUUUGGUGUGAUAAGAGUAUGUUCUGAUAAGUUAACAGGAGAGAGGCUUGCUUGCAAGUCUAUCUCUAAAGAUAGGCUAGUAACACAAGAUGACAUGAAGAGUAUCAAACUCGAGAUUGCGAUUAUGACCAAAUUAUCUGGGCACCCGAAUGUGGUGGAUCUCAAAGCGGUUUACGAGGAGGAGGAUUCCGUGCAUCUUGUGAUGGAACUAUGUGCAGGCGGUGAGCUUUUUCACAAGCUUGAGAAAUAUGGAAGGUAUUCAGAGUUACGUGCGAGGGUGCUCUUUAAGCAUUUGAUGCAAGUGGUCAAGUUUUGUCAUGAUAACGGUAUUGUCCACAGAGAUUUGAAACCCGAAAACAUUCUUAUGGCCACAAUGUCUUCGUCGUCUCCUAUCAAACUGGCUGAUUUUGGUCUGGCAACCUACAUAAAACCCGGCGAAAAGUUGAACGGUACAGUUGGUAGUCCGUUUUACAUAGCUCCGGAAGUGUUAUCAGGGGGAUAUAACCAAUCUGCUGAUGUAUGGAGUGCAGGGGUUAUUUUGUACAUUCUUCUCAGUGGAGUGCCUCCCUUUUGGGGAAAGACUAAGUCAAAGAUUUUUGAUGCUGUCAGGGCUGCAGAUUUGAAAUUUUCUGCAGAGCCAUGGGACCAUAUAACUUCGUACGCCAAGGAUUUAAUCCGCGGGAUGCUUUGUGUUGAUCCUUCCCAAAGGUUAUCAGCUGAUGAAGUUCUAGCUCACUCUUGGAUGCAGCAGUUGUCUGAAUCGGGUCAAGAACAAUAUGAUCAGGAUGGGUUUGGCUGUGAAGGAUUGGAGAAUGGUGGAUGUUCUUUCUCCACACAAUGCGUUUCUCGGGAACAAGACUACAGCUUUAGCAUGGGAAAGUUAGAGCAAUCAACAGAUAACGAUUGUAGAUCUUCUUUCUCGUCUUUCUUACCUGCGCAUAACACAAUUCCAAGUUCCGGUUUUGGUGGGUUUUCUUUUGAUGAGAUACAACCGGAAUCAACCUUAGCUGGCUUCUCAUCAACUGGAGUUCCAUCUAUGCCAAGCUUUACGUUUUUUAGUCCAAGCCCAACAACAACACAGAACAAUCACGUUCCUGAAACAAAUGGAAAAGUUCGAGACUCAAGCCCGAAGAGGCUACUGGCUUCACUGGAUUCUUCUUUGCAACUUGAGAGGCGUGAGGAAGCAGGGGAGAAUCAGACAGAUGCCGCAGGAAAGUCAGAGACAAGAAGGGAAAGAGGAAACUGGUCAAGAAUAUCAGGUCUGCACAGCAAAAGAAACCGGACCAUAGGACUAGGCGAGCUAGACCAGUUGGUGGUGGAUGUUGUAGUCACAGAGUCGAUAAUCAGAUGGGCAUCUUGCACGCAUAUUCCCACCGCUCCAUCUCUCAGAUUGUCGCUCGUCUGCUAG